AUGGACCCCGGGGGCCCCCCUGUUGGUUACGAAGGCCCUUCUGCAGCUGGCGGAGUGGAGGGCGAGUCUCGGCCUCUGCAUGGGGCCCCUCGCGGGGGCCCUCGAGGGGCCCCCGCCGGGGCUUCUUGCAGGGGCCCCCCGGGAUUUGGGGGUGUCCGUGGGCCCCCUGCGGUGCCCCAGACCCUCUCCGAGGGCCCCUUCUACCUGGGAAUGCAGGACUUUAGCUGCUAUACCCUCUUGGGGCGCACGAGGGCCCUGGGGCCCCUGGCGGGGGAGGCUGAGGCUGCAGUCUUGGAGGGGGCCUCUCGGAUCCUCCGGGGGUACCGGCGGCGAGUCAGCGAAAUGCAGCAGCGCCGGAGGCAACGGGCCCGAUUUUCCAGCAGCCAAGGGGCCCCCUGGAGGCCCCACGGGGGCCCCCAGGCUGAGGGUCUUCCGGGGCACCGUGGGGCCCCCUUGGCUUCUUACGAGCAGGAGCUGACGGGGGCCCCUGGGGACUUCGCAGCCCCAGCCAACAGACUCGAGACCCUCCCCGGGGGCCCCCAGAGGCACUGGGGGCCCCAGGGAGAGCUGCUGCAGCUGCCUCUGGGGCUCUCAGGAGUGGAGAUGGUCGCGGAGACUCAUGUCUGCUUUUGUCUGUCCCGUCUGUUGGUGUCGAGUGUCUCUUCUUGUUCUUUGCGCAGCUCAGCCUGGCCCUCUCAGAGUCUCGAGCGUCUGAGCUGCUGCGGCCCUUUUCCUGGGGAAAAGAGGCAGGCCGAGGGGGCCCCCAGGGACCCCCUGGGGCCCCUGAGGCUGCCUAGCUUUGGGGAUGGAGAUGCCUCUGGGGCUGCCUCGGAGGCCCAGUGGGUGUCUUCUCGGCCGCGGGCUUCGCCGAACUUGGAAGGCCAAGAUGGCAGCCCCGAAGCCUUGGCCCAGCAGCAGCAGCAGCAGCAGCAGCAGCAGCAGCAGCAGCAGCAGCAGCAGCCUGUGCGUUACCCCGGCGGCGCCCCGCGAGAAGGCCCACAGAGCCUCUCCCAUCCCCUUGCAGAGCCCGCAGACUUGCAAAGGCUGCUGCGGCUUUUUGUCGGGAGAGAAAGGCAGCUGCGGAGCAUUUUGCUGCGUUCAAGGGGCCCCAUGGGGGAGGGGAGGCCCCCAGAGGUCUCCAGCAGGCGGCAGCAGCCGUCUUCGCCAGCUGAAGCAGCAGCAGCAGCAGCAGCAGCAGCGGCAACGGCGGCAGCAGCAGCAACAGCAGCCGAUGCGCCUGAUGACCCAGGCGCCUUGUUCCUUGAGUGGCUUUCUCCGCAGCCUCUGCUGAUUCCUGAGCAGGGUGCUGCCGCAAUUGCUUCCAAGUUCCUUGCAGCUGGGGCUUCCCCCGAGACAGCAGCAGCAGCAGCAGUAGCAGCAGCAGGGGGGCCCCCCCCCAUCCUCGAGGACUGCUUGGCUGCGUCAGUGGGCAAGACGGGGGCCCCCGUGCCUGCCUGCGCAGUGCCGCGGGCGCUGCUGCCUCUGCAGCAGCGGCUCAGCAGCAUUUUUGGGGCAGCAGCUUCGCUGGGGGCCCUCGAGAGCAGCAGAGAAAGCAGCAAAGAAGCAGCAGAAGCGGGGCUGGGGGCCUGGGCCCUGGCGGAGGAGUCGCCGGCCUCUUCGAAGUCUUUGGGGGCCCUUUGGGGCCUCCAGGAGAGCCAGAGAAGCUUCGAAAGGCCCGGAGAAGCAGCAGCAGCUGCUUGGGACUUGUUGGUGGACAGUGUGGGCCACCAGCCGGGGGCCCCUGGGCGGCGCCCGCUGUGGGCCUGGCAGACGCUGGAGAUGCACCUGCAGCAGCAGCUGCAGCAGCAGCUGCUGCAGCCCGCGCACUUAAUCGACUGCCUCCGGGGGGCAAAGGCCAGACUCCUCAGGGGCCUCCCCCCAGCCUUCGGGGGCCCCUGCCAGGCCCGCAAUGCUGCAGAAGCUGCGGAGGCCCUUCAGGGGCCCAGCUACUGCAGGGGUUCUGCUGCUUACUGCGAAAUGGGGACUUUGCUGCGCACGCUGCUGCAGGUGGCUCGCCGGCAGGUGCGGCCGCGCGUGCAGCAGCAGCAGCAGCAGCUGCUGCUGCUGCAGCCGGCGCGCAGAGGCGCGCUGCAGCUCGAAGAGCAACACAGUAGUGGCCGCGAGGCCCUGGGGGAAUCUUCAGACAUUAAAGAAACACUGGCCCUGGAGGCUGUGGCCCAGGCCCUAGAUGGCCUUUUGCUGCUGGCCAUCCACGGGAGCACUUUGACUUGUCUUUUGGAGUUCCUUCUGACUCUCAUGGAGACUGUCGACUACUUGCAGCAGGGAGACGAUGGCUGCCCGCAAAGCAGCAGCAGCAGCAGCAGCAGCAGCAGCAGCAGCAGGGCCGCGGAGGAGGCGCUGCUGGCGCAGGAGCCCAGGUUUGCGUUCCCCUCUCUGGACGCGCUGGAGCUGCUGGCUGUGCAGUCGCGCUGCUGGUUUGCUGCUCCUUCGGAUGGCCACAGAACUUAUGUUGUGGGGUGCAAGAGGGGCCCCCCGGGGUCCUGCGAGGGUUCUUUGCCAGUGCUUUCCAACUCUUUGGGGACUUCGGGGGCCUCCAUAACUCAGCUGCAGCUGCUGCUUCCGGGGGCCUCCAGCUGCUGCUCCGCCGAGGGCUCCGCCUUCGCCGCUGCAGACGGCCAGGGGGCCCCCAGGGGCCCCGACGGGGCUGCAUGCAUGCUGCUGGAGUUCCUCUAUGGCAACGAGCGCCUCAUAAGGCUCCACAAAGACAGAGGCAGGGGCAGUCUGGGGGCAGCAGGCAGCAGCACUGACGAGGGCGAGGCCCUUUUGCUGUACAUUGAGGCCUCCGAGGCGGCGCUGGCGGUGUGGGCCCGCGAGGGGGGCCCCCCGGGGGCCCCCGGGGCCUCGGGGGCCCCCGGGGCCCCCGCGGAGGGCGUUUCUCCCGCGAGACUCAGCGGCGGCGUGGCAGUGGAGACGGGAGACAGCCAGAAGGCCCUGGUGGCGCUCUUUGACUUGAGAGGAGAAAGGAAACUGACUUUGGAGCUGCUGGUAGACAGAGGGGCCCUGCAGCCGAAGCUGCUGGAGGCAGCAGAAGAAAUGGAAGCAGCAGCAGAGGCCCACAGGGGGGCCCCCGUGCGGGGCGCUGUUGUAGACAGAGUCAUGGGGCUGGUGCAGCAGCCGAUGGAGGAGCUGGUGCUCUUCAUUAAUGGAAAACGUCUUUGCUGCAUUCCCCUCCCGGGGCCCCCCUGUGUGCCCCCGGCCCUGCAGGCGAGGCCCAAGCAGCUGCUGCUGCGGGCCCAGCUCGAGGGGGGGGCCCUUUUGAUAUCCCCUCCUUCUCCCACUUAUUCGCGACCCUUCGUGGACGAGCUGAGGGCCCGUUCGGUGAUCUCGGGGGCCCCCGGGAGCGACCCUAUGGGCCCCGCGGGGGGCCUCGCGAGCUCCAGCAGCAGCAGCAGCAGCAGCGGCAGCAACCUGCUGUCGCUGGAGCGGCUGCUGCAGCUCAGCUGCGAGGCCGUGCACCGCCUCUGUCUGAGGGCCGAGGCUGAGGGGCUGCUGCACAGCAGCAGCAGCAACGAGCAGCAGCAAACGGGCCGCGGACUUGUGGGUAUGGAAGAGCCUCUUUCGGGGGCCCACAAAGUUGUGGCUUCGGGGGACUUUCCAGCAGUGGAAGCAGCUUUGCGGCUGCUGGAGCACCAGCAGCACCUGUGGCAGCAGCAGAGCCGGGCUCGCCGGCCCUGCGGGAAGCCAACCCAGCAGCAGCAGCAGCAGCAGCAGCAGGAGGGGCCGAAGAAGCAGCAGCGGCCGGAAGAGAAGGAGCAGCAGCAGCGUGGGGAGCAGCAGCACUCGGACAGGCUGAGCUGCAGGUCUUCCAGCCUGGACUCUGUUGUGCAUUCCGUGUCUUCUUCUUCUUCAUCUGUCAGCUGGGCAGCCGCCAGCACUGCUGCCACAGACCCUAGUUUAGGGUUUGCUGCUGGCAAGGGCUGCUCGCCCAGCCAGGGGCCCCUGACGGGAGGCCCCGGCAGCCCCAGCAGCACGCGGCUAGAGCUGCCGCGGGGGGCUGAGGAGGCCCUGGGGUUUGCUGCUGCGCAGCCCCCGGCGCAGGCGCCGGGAGCCUUCGCCGACGCAGCAGCUGCUGCUGCUGCUGCUGCUGCUGCUGCGGAAGCGGGAGCAGCAGCAGCGCUGCUGCUGCCGGCGCCAGAGAGGGCGACGGCGAUUGCAGUACAGCAGCAGUGGCGGGGGCGCGCGGAGUGUAUGUACAGCGUGCUGGGGACCUUGAGGCUGCUGCUAAGCCCCAGGCAUGGGGCUUUGCGGGGCCGCAUGGAGCUGCUGGCUUCUGUGGGGCCGCGGCUGCUGCGGAGUUUCCUGUACUACUUCUGCAUUGCGCCGCCUGCUGCAGGCUGCUGCUGCUGCAGCAGCUGCAGCGCGAGAGCCGCGGGAGACCCAGCGCUGGUCCAGGCCCUCUUCGACGCCCAGGGGGCCAGCUGGCUUCUUAAGAGAGGAGUAACUGCAACACUUGCUGCUGCCACCCCCGAGAAUCUGCGCGUGCUGCUGAGCAGCGCGCGGCCGCAGACGCUGCUGCUGCUGCUGCUGGCCCUCAGCAGACCCCGCCCGCAGCAGGAAGCCUUCGCUGCUGCCCUGCUGCAGGUCUUGGAGGAAAGCAAAACUGGCAAAGUGCUGGUCUUGCGGCUUCUGCACGAGACCCGGGCCGUCUGGCCCAGGCGGGGGGCCCCCCCGGGGGCCCCGGGGGGCGGCGAGGAGGGGCCCCCACACGAAAGUGCAGCGGCGGAGCUGCUGCCGGGCUGCCAGUUCCAGCUGGAGGCGGCGGGGGGCCCCCUGGGAGAGCUGCAGCUGGGCCCGCUGCCCGCGGGGGGCCCCCCGGAAGCCCCGGCUGGGGGCCCCAUCUCUGCAGACGCGCUGGCAGCAGAAGAUGGGGGGACUCAUAUCCUCGAAAGUCUGGGCAUUCGCUCUUGUGGCCUGAGGGCUGUUGGGGCUGCAAGCUCUGCAGCAGCAAGAGUGGGGGAGAGCGACUGGGGGGAGCGCUGCGGGGUUUUCGCCAGGAGGCGCUACAAGCACAGCCGGCUGCAGCAGCAGCGGCAGCAGCAGCAGCAGCAGCAACUCCCCAGCCUGGGCACUGACCCCGGUGCACUGCAGGGCGCGUGUGACAGCCUGUCUUCUCUCCAGGGCAGCGGCUUUUGGCCCUUUCUUUCUUGCCUUCUCAGGAUGACGGAGACACAGCUGAAGGGAGCCCUUGAGGGUUCUUCUGGGGUCCGUUUCUCUUUCGAGUCCCUGUUUGCAGCGCCGGCUGCUGAGCAGCAAACUUGCUGCGCAGGCAGCAGCAGCAGCAGCAGCAGCCGGUCCGCAGCAAGCCCCCGGCCCCCUGUCUGCAGCGCCUGGGGCCCCUGCUGCAGCAAUGGCCUCUGCGGGGGGGCCUCCAAGCCCCUCCAUGGCUCCCCAGGCUUCACUCUGGGAGUCAUAGCAAAUCCCCGGCUUGUGGGGCUGCCCACAGGAGCAGCAACUGGCGGCGAGGGCUGCGCCUGUGUGGAGAUGCACCGGCCCUCCUUGUGGAUCCCGCUGCAGCACCGUCUGCAGCAACUGCACGAUGCACUGUACCGCAGAGAAGACCCUCUUGCUGCAGUUCGGGGGCCCCCCAAGGGCCUCCUGGAGGACUCGCUCGCAGCCGGCACAGGCAGCAGCAGCAGCAGCAGCAGCAACCCGGCUGCGCGCGUCGCUGCGCACCUGGCGAGGCAGGCAGCGGAGCUGUGGCUCUCGUGGCUGCUGCGGCGGCUGCAGCCGCGGCGAGGGGGCCCCCUGGGCCUCGGGGUGAAGUUCGGCGAAGGCCGGAGGGGCCCCAGUGAAGCAGCAGACCCAGCUGUGGGGUCCCCCGCAGCCCUCUCCGGGGGCUCCCCCCUGGCCCAGCCCUUGCUGGGGGCCUUCCCCACACUGCAGCAGGACUGGCUGCGGGCCAUGUGGAGCCCCAGCGCGUGUGGGCAGCGCCCGCAGCAGCUGCUGUUUGGGGGCAGCCUGCUGGCCCGGGACAUGAAGGCCCGAAUGUCUGCAGCAGCAACUUGUGUCUGCUUGGAGGAACUCUUCAUGGCUGCUCUCCGCACAGCCAACAGUCUACUUUGCAUCAUUUCCGACAAAGUUUCCAUGGGGGCCCCGGGCGUGGCUGCGUUGGUGGAGGGGGCUGGGGCUGGCGCGGAAGACCUCGCGGGCCAGCAGCGCGUGGCUGCCUUGGCAGCAGCAGCAGCAGCUGCUGCUGCUGCUGCAGACCCAGCUGCCCUCGCGGAAACCUGCGGGGCCUGCACGCUGCAGGCCUGCUGCCUCAUGGGCCCCAUGGGGACUCCGGGGCCCACUUUGCUUCAGGGCUGCGCCUUCCUUGGGGGGGGGGUUGUGCCGCUGCUGACAUUUCUGACCCCUCUGCUGCAGCGGCUCGUGGUGCUCGCGGAGGAGAGCGACCCCACAAGAAGCAGCAGCAGCAGCAGCAGCAAAGCGGGCCGGGCCCUUGUGGGGCUCCCGGAAGGGACGGCGGAAGCUGCGGCGCAGGUCGUGGGCGCUGUGCUGCGGCUGUGGCCCAGCAUCCUGCAGCUGGCAGUGCGCAGUUUGCUGCUGCUGCGGCAGCUGAACUCGUGCGUGUCCGAAGACACAGCAAGAGGCUGCCUCCACCCGCUGGUGCAGCAGCUGCUGGGGAUCGUCUCCACCACCUCCAGCACUUUGAAGCUGCUCAGUAGCUUCCCCCCUCUCCUGGCCAAGCUGGACCUUUCCCACGCAGCCUCGGGGGCCCCACAGGGGCAGCCAGACGCAGCAGCAGCAAAGGCCCUCGAGUCUCUGCCGCCCCUGCUGGUCAAGGGGGCCCGCUAUGUGGCGGCCCAAGAAGGCCACCCUUUGAGGCCCCUCGAAGAUGCCCUCAGGUCCAGCGUUUUGCUGCUGCUAGACUGUUCUCCCCGGGUCUUUGAGCUCCAGAGAAUCAACGACAUCCCCCUGCCUUGCGCCAUACAGGACUUUCUGGCGGCGACGCAGCGCCUCCCGGGGGCCCCCAGCUGCCCCCAGGGGCCCCCGGGGCCCCCGGGGCCCCCAGGGCCCCCGGGGCCCCCGGAGCCCCCGGGGCCCCCAGGGCCCCCGGGGACCCAGCUACCCCUGAAGGCUCUCCAGGCCCACAGUCCUGGGGAGCUCAUCAAAGGGCUCACUCUCGAGUGCCGAGACCUCCAAAGUUCAGAACUUGGCAGCUUCGCGGGCUGCGGGGCUGACGCUGCAGCUGCCGACGCUCUAAGAGCUGUGGCUGCAGCACGGAGACCCCCUGGGUCUUUUCCGCUGGGAGUGAGCCACCGCGUGGGGCCCUCGGUAUGGCAGGGGGAGCAUUCUGCUGCUGCAGCAGCAGCAGCAGGGGACACGGGGUCGCAGGGCAACUGCUGCCCCUCGCUGUUGCGGCUGCUGCAGGGCGACGGCGAAGAAGCGGAGUUCGGGCAGCACUUCGCGGGCUUCCACCCGCGAGUUGCUGCAGUGCAGCGGGCAAUUGGGGCAGCUCUGCUGCACCUGCUGGGGUACGAGGGGCCCCCGGGCCCCGAGGGCGGGCCGGGCUGCGGGGACCGGCAGGGGGAAGAGACGGAGGCCCUUUUGAACUUGGUGUCUUCUUUGGCGAGAAGAGCUGUGAUGCAGCUUCUGGAGAAGUGGCAGCGGAAGAGAGCAGAGCACGGAGCCAGCAAGGAAGCAGCAGCAGCUGCUGCAGCAGAGGCCGACUGCAGCAGCCCCACGCCCCUGGCCUUCUCGGACUCCGACGAAUCCUGCGGCGGCGACGCAGCAAGCAGCAGCUCGCCCGUGAGUUCCUCCAAGGCCGAGCGGCAGCAGCACUUGCGGCGCGCAGAAGAAGCCCGGGAGAUUGUGUCUCGCUGCAAGUGGCUGCUGACUUGCUACCCCCGGGGCCUCGCGGGGCCCCACAGGCUGCUGCUGUUUCGCCGCUGGGGCCGCCAAAUUGUGGGCUGCCACCGCCUGGGGGCUGCAGCCCGCGAGGAGGCGGAGGCCCUCAGCCGCGGGCUCAGCUGCCCGGACUUGGUGGAGGGCUCUGGGGGUGCGGCGCGGCAGCAGCUGGGCUGGGCGCAGGGGCAGGCCCAGCCGCGCCCGCGGCGCGCGGCCUGCGCGGGCCUGCAGCAGCAGCAGCAGCAGCAGCAGCAGCGGGUCGAGAUCUCCACGGACCCCGGAGGCCGCGCGCACCUCGCUGCUCAGGACCCAGUUCGAAAACCCUUCCGGGGAGGCAGCGGACUCCCCGCCAGCCUCAGCGUUGCCCGCAGUGUGUACUUGCUGAAGCGUUUUCUGCGCAGCGGCAGCCGCCGCAACAGGCGCAGCGCCUCGCAGCCGUGGGGCCCCGGGGCGCGCACGGCGUCUGCAGCAGCAGCAGCAGCUGCUGCUGCUGCUGCCGGCGCAGGCAACUGGAACGCAGAGGGGGCGGGCAGGAGACUCCGGAACCGAAGAAGCAACGGCCUCCUGACCCUCCCGCCGAACCUCGUGGGGCUGCAGGGGCCCCAGCGGUGGCGCUGGGGGGCCCUCAAGAGGGCCAGCGAGCCUUCGAAGUCCUGGAAGUCCGAAGCCAGCGAAGGCGGCGUGGCGUCUCUAGUGAACUUCAUAAUAAACGGCGCCGACGUGCAGACCACGCGGCGGGUGCUGCUGGUGGAACAAAUGUCUUCGCUGAUUCGCUACGUCAUCCUGCGCAGCAUGAAGGCGCUGCUGGUUGCUGGCUUCUGCACUGCAGGGCUCUCUGCGCCUUCUUUGCUGGACGUGGGCACCCAGAGGUCCCAAGAAGGCCUCAUGUCUGCUGCUGCCACGCAGCGGCUGCUGCCAGUUUGCAGCCUCCGGCCCAGCCUGGGCAGCUCGGACUUGCUGGGGGAGGGCUCCACCGGCGCUCGCGAGAGCUUUGCUGUCCCCGCGGACUCUUCGAAGCAGCUCGCGGCCCGCAGCAGCAAAAGGUUCGACACAGCCCCGCCGGCUGCAUGCGCCGGGAGGGCCUACGGGGGGGCCCCCUCCGCCCCCUGCGGCCGCUUCUCCGGGGGCCUGCAGCAGGGGCUGCAGCAGGGGCUGCAGCAGGCGCUGCAGCCCUGCAGCACGGCCGACGGGGGCUUUGCGGGCGAGGGCCACGGGAGGGCCCUGGAGUCUGAGGGCAGCGACGUGAGCUGCAGAGACAUCAGCUGCACCACGGCGAGCUCCGAGGGCGGCAGCGCGCUGCAGCAGCUCGACGGCGGAGGCCGGCAGGCCCUGCGGUGGCCCCUCAUUGUGGAGCUGCUGCUGCCCCUGGCGGGGGCCCCCAGCGCGAGAGACAGCGGCGGCAGGGGGCCCCUGGCAAAGCCCCCCAGCGGCACAGCCAACAGAUACGCGGGCUGCCUCAUACUGCGGCUGCUUCACUCUUUGGGCGUGUCUUUGCUGGGCUCCAGCUCCGCCUUUGCUGCGCUGCAGAGAGAGGGCUUUUCCAAAGCAGCUGAGGGGGCAGCCGGCCUCAUGAGCACAGCAGCUUUCUGGAAGUUUCAGCCUUUUGCAGACGCGCUGCAGGCUUCUUUGGGAGAACUGGUUCGGAUUGUUUUCGAUCUGCACCUUCACCGCCACAUGGAAGACAUGAAGGCAAUGGCUUUUCCCGCGGCCGCGGGUGUCUUUACACUGCAUCCUGCGGACUGCUGCUGGAUGGACGCAGAGCUGCAGCUGCUGACGCUGCAGCUGUGUCUGGGCACAGAACCACUGGACCACAGCAGCUCGAUUGUGCUUUUCCUGCAGCACCUGCUGACUCUUGCGCACCCGGUGGCGCUGCGCCUGCUGUCAGCAGACCGGAGAAGCCGGGGCCUUUCUCUGGAGGCCUUUUUAGCGCGGGAAGUUACGGAGGAGAUGGCGCAUGCAUCGGGUUGCUGCCGCGGUUCGUCGGCGGAGGCGUUUGCUGCAGCAGCCGCUGCUGCUGCGACGAGCGGGAGAGGGGCGGCAGCCGCUGCCGCCGCCGCAGCAGCAGCAGCAGCAGCAGCUCAGCUGCCGUGGCAGGGCGAGAAGCUCCUGUUCAAGCACUUUCCGGGGUCUCUUUCUUCACUCGAAAGAUUCAGCUCGAGCCCCUCGCCCAGAGCCACCCACCUGCCGCUCGCUGCCGCUGUCACCCGCGUGGCCGUGCGCUGCUGCGACAGCCGCCGCUGGAGCUCCGACGGGGGCCUCAUUCGCCAGGGCUUUCGGGUGCGGGAGAAGGUCAGUUGGGGGGGCUGGGUGGUGCUGCUUUACCUGCAGCGCAGGCACUUGGCCAGCCCCUUCGCCCUGCCCCUCAGGGCCAUUGAAGGCUUCCGCGCCAAAGACGGAGGCCGCGAAGACGGCGUCGAGGUCUUCGACGACAUUUCUGCAAACCCUGCAGGCCCUCUUCUCUUCUUUUCCUUCGGCAGCACAGCGGGAGAGCCCGACGGCAGCGAAGACUCAAUUGCAGAUGUUCGGCUGCAGCUGGAGGUGCUGGGGGACCCCAGAGAAGGCUCCGGCGGCUCGGCCUUCAAGCCCGAGUGCUCCACUUUGCAGCAAGAAGGCUUUGCGCUGGAGAAGUCAAUUCCUUUUUCCCGCACUCUGUGGAUCCACGUGUGGGCCUCCAAGGGCCUCUUAGUGUACGAAGGCCCGCGGGGCUGCCCCGAGGGGCCUUCUGGGAAAAUGGACUACCGCUGCAGGCCGGCCCACACGGCGGACAGCAGCUCCGCUGUUGCUGCACAAAGAGCUGAGGGGAGCAGCGAGGCCCCGAAGCUGCCCUGCACGAACUUGGGGGGCCCUGGCUGCAGAGAGGAUGACGGCCUCUUCUGCCUGCAGCGGGAGUCCGUGAGCGUUUCGGAAGCAAAGGCGAGAAAUGCUGCAGCGCGGCAGUGUGAGUACGAGGGCGCGGGCCUCAAGCUGCAGCAGAGUGCGUGGCAGGCUUUCCAGGCAGCCCUGUGGUUCAUCCUGGUAGGCCCCGAUGACCCUGUUGCUGCGAGUGGCUCUCCGGUUGCUGCUGCUGCGCCGCUGCAGCGUGGCGGUCUCCAGUCCCCCCAAGCCAGCAGCAAGCUCCCUGGCGAGGCCCCCACAGCUUCAAGCCUGCACGGCACUCUGAGGCGCGAGGCCAUUGCUGUAGAGGCCUUGAAGCUGAUCUUCAGCACGCUGCAGCGGCUGGCGGAGCUGCAGGAACAGACUCUGCGGGAAAUGCACCGCAGCAACAGCCUGGGGAUUCGCAGCUGCGCGGACUACCCGCAGAUCUACCGCAACUUCUUGUGCGGGAUUUCCAGAGGAGAGGGAGACAGGUACAGCGACGAAGAGGGAGGCAGCGAUGUGGCUGCGGGCAGCCGGGGCACCAGCCGGGGCAGCAGCCUCGCUGAAGGGGACUCAGCACUGGCAGAAGAAGAAGACCAGAGCGUGCCCACGAGCCCACCAAUCCCCGAAAAGCUCUUGUUCACGGAAAGACUCAUCGACAGGAGCCUCUGCGUGCUGCUGCGCUGCGUCUGCGCCUCGCACUUCGCUGCACGGCUUUUCGUGCGGACUCUCAUUAUGGGCUUCAAGGGCCUCCCGACGCAGCUGGAAACCGUUUUGCGCACUUUGCCGGUGAAGACGCAUUUGUACAAACUGCUCACGGAGUGCACGCGGCGCAUGUCUGCAGCAGGAGUUGAAGACGAAACGCAACUUGCUGCCUUUUCCGCCAUGGAGCCCCCCCAGUUGUGGACUUGCCGCCAGCCCUUCUCACGAGAAGGCUCCGACUUGGCUUGCCGCCUCUUUCCGCCCCUCCAGGCUGUCAGUCUUGGCACUCUGCUGGAUGCCGCGGGGUCUCUGGUGCAGCUCCACGAGGACUCGUCCGAGCCUGCCCCUGCACAAGAGAAGCAGCCAUUUGGAGCCGAGGCAGACGCAGCAGCGCGGCCUCCUGAGGCCAGCAGCAGCAGCAGCAGCAGCAGCAGCAGCAGCAUGGGCGCGGCCGCCCCGGGACCGCAGACGCCGCUCCCGGCCCCGCAGGUGCAGGUUGUAGGGGCAGCCCCGACUGCGGGUUCAGCCCCGCAAGAGGGAGCCGUGCAGCAGAGCAGCAGCGCAGGGGACUCUUCGUCGCCUUUGGCAGCGGCGGGUCGGGGGGCCCCCUCCUCUGGGAGGCGGGAGGCCCCCGUGGGCGGGGCCCCCGUUGGAAGCGUGGGGGACAGCGUGUUUGACCCUCUGCCGCAGUCCGACGUGUUCCUGUGCGCAGUGCCCUCUGCAGACUUUCAGGCCGAAGUGCACGGGCGCACACUCCACGUGCUAAGGGCGCGGAACCUGGGGGGCGUGGCCUUGUGCCGGGCCCCGCUGACCUUCCCGGCGCUGCAGGUGGAGCCUGGGGAAGCAGCAGACGUCAUCGGCUUCCGAGUCUGGUCUGCAGGCCGUUUCGGAGUCACUGUGGCCCCCGCGGACUGCGUGUUGUCUGCGGCGCAAGACAUCUUCGACCGAAACGACGUGGUGGGCUUCCGCACCAGCAGCUGCCCGCCUUUCUGGGAAGACGUUUUCGCCACCACUGUGUCUUACCAGCCGGGGGACUACUUGAGCGUGAAGUUCUCAGUGGACAGCCAGACAAGUGGCCAGCGGUGCCUGCACACAGAGCUGCAUGUCUCUGGGGAGAGCAUUGGCUCUGUGUUGGAGGUCUACUAUGACCAGCACUCGCAGGUGGACCAGCCCAGGCGAAUGAACUUAGUCUUUGUCUUCCAAGACCCCCUCACUGUGGUCUACGGGGGCCCCGAGUUCACGCUGCAGUACGUCGACCCAGACGAAGACCGCCAAGCCGGCCCCUCGCAGGCCCCCAGGGAAGAAGCUGUCACUGGCGAGGCCCUAGCCCUCAAGCCCCCCUCGCAGCAAGUGCUUCGCUGGCUGCGGGUGCACCCCCUUGUGAGACAGAGUCUGGAGUUGUACCAGGCGGUCAUUCUGGCCUCGGAGCGGUCCCUGCUGGGGGAGCGGCGGAAGGUGCUGCAGCAAGUGGGGGACAUUUUGAACGAGGCUACCAUUUCUUUGAGCACUGCCUUCGAGUCCCUUUGCGCCAGUUACCACGAAAUCGUCAACGAAGGAGCCACUUCCAGGGGGACACUCGAGAGGGGGGGCAGCGUCCAGCUGCCCAUAAGCAAAAGAGUCCAAAGCAAACUCAUGCCCGCCGUCUCGAGCAGGGGCCCCCCGGCGGAGCAGCUGGAGGGGGCCGAGGCUGGAAAGCCCGAGGAGGGGCCCCCGGAGCCGAGGAGACAGACCAGCACUGGCCUGAGGCCCUGCCCAUACCAGCAGCAGCAAAGAGCAGCGCGGGCGCGGCUGGAGACCAUCCACGCCUGCAGACGGGGGGUUGCUGCGCUCGCAGUUAUUUGCUGCGACUCCACUGGCCGCGGGGAGCUGCAAGAAGUCCUCGCAGUGGCGGAGAGACAGAGACUUCCUGGCAGCACGGACCCCGACGGCAUCCACCCCUCUGCAACAAGUGCAGCAGCAAGUUCAAACAGUUCUCGAAAAGGAGACAGCGUGGGGUCUGGCGAGUCCGGCCUCAGCUUGCCGUGGCUUGUGAGCACUUCGCCUCUGAAGUUUUCUUCCGUCGUGGGACUGAGCCCUGAGGAGUGCGAGUCCAUGUUGAUCUCUCUGUCGGACCUCUUGACUUCACCAGUGGUCCAGGGGACUCUUCACCAGGUGGCUGUCGUGGGCAACUUGGUGGCCCCCAGCAAGGAGUGGGAGACAGUGCAGGCCUUGGCGGUGACUCUGGGAAGCAAGUCAAUAGUAGCUCUUUGUCUCGUUUUGAGAGUCAUGCUGCAGCAAACUCCCGACGGGGACCCCCCCUUGAGCCGGCGGGCUAUCAAGUGCAUCCAGAGGGUCUUUGCUUUCAUGGAGCAGUUCUGCUUCCUCACCUCGGGACUGGGGGCCCACCAAAUGGACCCUUUUGCAGACGAUGUUGCUGCUUCAGAGGAGACUGUCCCUGACCAGGGCCUCCCCUAUGCAGCCGGGGCCUCUCCGCCAGAAGUGGCCCCCUCGCGAGCCCCGCAGCCCCUGAAUGUGCGCUCGGCCAGCGUGCCAGACCUGCGCUCAGCCAUUGCUGCAUAUUCCCAGGGAGGCGAGGGGGGCCCCGCCCUUGGCAGCCCCGAAGUGGAGGAAGGGGCCCCUUCUCGGGCGGCAGAUUCGGAGGCGGGAAGCGCAGAAACGGAGGUGAAGUUGGACAAGAUGGCGCUCCUCUGUGGGGUCCCCGAGAGCAUUCUGAGCGCCGAGGGGCUCGGCUGUCCCAGCAUCUCCGGCCAGGCCGUCUUGGCGGCGGGGGAAACUGCCAAGGUCUGGAGGUGGGUCUACAAGAUCAACGAGGCCUGGAAUGAAGCAGUGGAGACAGCCAUAGAAACGGAGCUGUGCGGAGCCCCUGCUGUCCCUAACACAGAGGCCGACUGCUGUCCAGGACCCAGUGUGGGCGAGGCCGCGGGCUUGCAGCGAGUUGAACAACUAAUAGGGAGGGGCUGGGACUCUCGCAUCACCAGCUUGCUGCUCCUCAAGCCGAGGCAAGAAACUGGGAGCAUACAUUUGAGAGGCCCUGUAGAUGCGCGGGUGUUCAACUACGAGGGGGCUUGUUCCAUCUGGUCUAGCCGCAUGCUGCACCGAUUACUGGAGACCCCCUUGAGGUGGGCUCUGAGACGAGAUGCUCUUCACCUCCUCUGCAUUAUUGUCUCUCUCUGUCCCGAGAUGAUCAUGGAGCGCCUCUACAGGGGCAUCAAAGAGCCAUUGGCCUCGCGCUGCUCCGGCGAGUCGCGGAAGGGAGCGCCCCGUCCGAAGGCCCUCAACCUAAUUCGCCUUUUGCGCAUUUGCACGUAUUUCAUCAGCAGAGAGACAGAUGACAGUGUGCCUGACUACCAGCAGCCUUUCCGGUUUCACCUGGACUCAGACCCCACGAAGACGCUGCUGACCGAGCUGGACAGGUACAGCGUGGUGACUUGUUCUUUGUAUGGGUGGCAGCGGCUGAUGUAUCGGGCGGCCACGAAGUGGACGGACACAGAGUGUCUCAAAAGUCUGCACCGGAUGCUGCAGACGGAGCUUUUGUACCACCUGGUGGGGUCGGUGGCUCAGGUGGUGAGCAACGCCUCCGUUUCAAAGAGAACGCCCAAGUACUGCGCCCUGGCGCCCUCCGUGUACGUAAGCCACUGGCUGAUGGAUGGAUUCAUAAGACACCCGCUGUGCCCCGGGAGCAUCCGCCGGGCAAUUGUCAACCCCUUGAGCUACGCGGCGCUCUUUGGGCUGCUGAUCAAUGGAGUCAACUUGCCUCUGAAGCUCGGGCUCGACGCAGCCAGAAUGACCCACUGGAUGACUGCUCGCUUUGUUCCCGAUAUCUCCUUACUGAACGGCUUAUCUGCAGGUGCAGCUCCUGAGGGCUCUUCGGCCUUCGGCAGCGACAACAACCUCUUUUCCUACGAGAGGCUUAGUGAAGUCACAGGCGUCACCGCGCCGCCAUCAGGCGAGGCAUCUGCGGCGACUUCUAAAGCCGUUAAGACUGCAGUAGCGGCCGUUGGGUCGUUUGCACUUGCUGGCCCUUGUCGGCAGUUCUUGGGCUUUCUGCAGUGCUACUUCGACUGCAUUUGCUUCAUCAGCGCCUCGGUCUUUGACAACUUGGAGAAAGUCAACAACUGGCGGUCUGCCAGCCUGGACUGUUUCUGCGCAACAGAUCUCAACAGAGUCCACGUGCGGUACAGAAUCAACUGCAGCCUGCUGACCCACUACCUAGCCAACGCCUGCGUGUCUAUCCUGAAGGCGGACAGGUGGGGCUCUGUCACCUGGGUAGAGCACACGAGUGUUCCUGUGCUCGCGGAUCUUGCCUCUUACCUCAUGGCUGCUGAGUGCGUCGCCAGAGUCUCGUGCUUCAGUGCCCAGGCGCCGCCUGCGCCCCUGGCGGCGUACGCGGCUUCCAGCAGAGGGGAAGGCCAGUCUCAAGAGGCGGCGCCGGCAAACAGCGGCGGCGGCGAAGACACAGCUUGCUUUGCCAGUGCAGCUUUCUCGGCCUCUGCGAGUGACCCUGGGCACUUGGGCUUCUCUCAGCCUUUCAUCAGAGCAGUCCAGGCUUUGCCGGUUUCCGUGGCUUUUGCUGAGCCGGUCAGCUGCACCCGCGCUGUGGGGAGCGUCGAAACCUUUCCCGGGGCCCGUUUGGAGUUGAAUUUGGAGCCACUGGAGGAGGGCCAUCAGCAGGGCACUGACGGUGAGCCUCAAUCUCGGGAAGAGAGAAGCGGGGUGGUCCCGGGCAGCAGCCAGGCAUGGGAGCUCAGGAAGACUCCACGGCUUCUCGUCGCCUUGGAUCGAAACCUUGAGUACUUGGUGGGAGAAAGCGGCAACCUAACCGAAACGCCAGAGUGGAUAUGCGUAGCAGCGUGCAACAGCGCAGGCCAGGGCAAGGAUAACUUGAGGAUGACACUUCUGCAAGCACCCCAGGAAGAUGGCAAAAGAAGCUUUGGCGGCCGGACCCGUUUGGAGGUUUCAAACCUGCACGGCACCUCAGGGGGCUCUAGCUACGCCUGCAGCAGCGUUCCUUUGCAGUGCGGCAGCUCUUCCGCCUCCUGCAUCAUUUCCUUAGCAGUGCGUUCUGCCGGAAAUGACAGCUGCAGUUUAAAAACCAUUGAAGAUGGUGCCCCCCUGGGCCGGAUCUUCAUUGGGGCUGUGGAUUGCAAGCACUGGGGCCGUCUGUUGGAGGGGACUUGGGAUGGAGUCUCAGACGCAACACUGGUGCAGCUUACUGCAAGGGAGCUCAGAUCUUCCUUCCACCCAGAGAUGCCAAGCCGCCACUGGGGGCCGCAAAGCCAGCGAGUCCGCAAGAGUCGACCGUUGCUGGCCGUCUUGCUGGGGAUGCACGGAGACUCUGAAAAGACUUCUCGAGCCCCUCAUAAACAAGACGGCCUGGGGCUUAUGGCUCAGCCGCACAGGCUAAACUUCGUGCUGCGGGCGGUUGGGCGCCACUUGCUGUGGUUUGCGGAAGACCAUCUCGUCGCUGCGCAGAUGCUGCCGCCAUCAUGCACUGCUGUUGUGCCUGUGCUUGUCAUAGAGGAAACUGCUGAGUUCUGUGCCUCUCCUAGGAUCUGCUCUCUUUGGGAGGGACUUGUCUUGACGGCCACGUUGUCCUCAGUUUCUUGCCGGCCCGUCACUGUUCCCACGAACGAAGUCUUCUAUUGUCUCGAGGCCGCGCCCGCCGACACUCCUGUUCGCCUGCUGAAUCCCUUUGGAAUCCAGUCUGGCAGGCCGGAGGGUUUGACAGCAGCAGGAACAGACUCAGAAGCGUCUGCAAUAUUGUUCCAUUCGCGAGCUAGUGGGGAUUCCAGGGGUCCACCAGACAGGGCGGAGGACUCUGGGUUAUUCAGACUAAAUUUCGCUCCCAGUUUCGCAGCGGGGGUUACCUCUGCCCCUUUAGACACAUCAGGCAGCAGCAACUCUCUGAGCAGCACGUGGCGCGUCUUGGCACUUCACCCAAAAAUCCGAGGAGGAGUCAGUGUGCGGCUCCCUGUUGGGGCACCCUCAACUUACUCGUCGUCUGUGUGGAAGUGGGUGCGGCGGCCUGACUCAAGCCGGGUUCCCACAGAGGAAGGCCUCAGCGAGUUUCCCUUAGAAGACCUGGAGGCCGCGAGGGCUGUGGCGUCCACUGGCCAAUGUACGACGGACUCCUGGGAUGUUGGCAUCACAGCGGACUCCCGCCAGAUUAGCUCCGUCACCGCCUUCGGGGACCUGACAAGCGGACAAGGGGACCCCCCCACCGCUCAGCAGCUGGGGACUCCUGCUGCUCCCGCUGCAGCAACCACAAGAGCAGUGCUUUCGCCGGCUCCCAUAGUGGGCCCUCGGCCUGCCCGAGGGUCUCCCUGCACUCUCAGCACCCGCCAGCAAGGCCUUCCCAGCAGCGUGAGGACAGAGCCGCAGGACUGUGGCUUUGCAGGGGCCCCGCUGGACGUGGGCACUGUUCAUCCAGCGCUGCCUUUCCGCGUGCAGUUUAAGGGAAACUGCUGGGCAGGAAGAGCAGCAGGGCCGCAGAUGGUGGGAAUUGUCUGGGGCUACUGCCGUUGGCUCUGGUUUUCUAACGGCCGGCUCUCUUGCCCUAUAGAUUUGCCGCUAGGGGAGCUCAUGCGGUCGCAUGCUGGAGGACCUCCUCAAGUCAGUCGGGGCCCAAAGAUCCCUACAGAAGGCUGGAGAGAGAUACAACUGAGUCGGGGAGUCUCGGGCUUUACCACCAGGGACACGUUAGAGAUCGAGUUCCAGCCAGCCAUUCCGGCGCUUCUCUUCAAGAAGAACGACGUCUACCAAUUCGGCUUCAAUUUCGAUAAGUUCUACCAAUGGGCGCCAAGCCGUGCUGCCCGCUCUCUACAGCAUCAACAACACCUUGUGCAGCAACAGCAGCAGGUAUUAAUGCAGCAGCAACAACAGCUACAGCAGCCACAACAGCAACAGCAACAGCAACAGCAGCUACAACAGCAGCAGCAGCAACAACAGCUGCUGCAGCUUGCCGGGAGCCCUUCAGCCAAGGACAGAGAAACAGUGUAUUUUCCUCCCGUGCGAACGAGAAGCACUGAGUUGGUCUCAACAUGUAACACAGGGGGCUUCAGGAACUUCACGUUUACUAGUACCCCAUCUUCAGCUCGACUCUCGGACUCGCAUCAGGGGACUGUGCAUGCGCUUUUCCAAGCUAUUAAAGAGAGGAACCUGCGGUGGCUCUCCACCUUUUUUUCACAGUACCCAGACUGGCUCGAAACGCAGGAUGCAGCAGCCACCCCGGGCAGCUGCACAUUUGGCUCUCUGGAGCAGCAGAUGUUCGUAUGGGCUAAUGGCAGCAGCAGCACCAGUACCGGCAGCAACGCCCAGUGGCAAAGCGAGCAGCUGCAGCAGCACAUCUCGGCAGUGUAUGGAGAGUAUGAGAACGACACGCCCCUGAAACUCGCAAUAAAGAAAGGCUAUGCAGAUGUUGUUCAGGUGCUGAUUGAGGCAGGAGGCUGCAACCCGGAUGGGGUGGGAGACGGCAGCGAGAGGGUGACUCCGCUGAUGUUGGCUGCUGAGCUGGGCCAGGAUUUAAUUGUCUCAAUGCUUGUGUGCAACUAUGGGCUUAACAUAAACCGCAGGGACGCAGAAGGAAACUGCGUGCUCCACAGAGUGGCUCUCAGGGCUGCUGGGCAGCCCCUCUCAGGAGGAAGACUUGGCUCAGCGGUGCCGGCCUACAGACGCAGCUACUACAACACAAUUAAGCUGCUGCUCUCUCUCGGGGCGGACUGUUCUCUGAAGAACGACGCGGGCCUUACCCCCGUGGAACUCAUCGGUUCCAAAGGUGACGGCUUCCAGGAGGGGCUAGAGGCGCUGGCGAGACUGUUACGUUACGCUGCGCUUACAGCUCAGCUGCAGCAACUGAGCCUUGCGGCAAGUGCCACGCCAAACUUUCCGAAGUUUGGCGGGGCUUUCCCAAAGGUCAGAGGGGCGGAAGCAUGCAUUCCGUGGAGGUGGGGCUCGCUGCUCGCGAACUGCACUGUGGUGGUUGGGGGAGUUGAUGAGGUGGCAUUCGGCAUCCACAGUUUGUACAUUGACGGCGAGCGUCGCGAUGCGCAAAUGAACGAAUCCGAAAGGUCGCCUCGCAUGGCAGCAGAGUGGCUUUGCGGGACUUCUUAUGCGCCUUCGCCUAAGACAGGGCGGCCUUCGAGUAUCCCUCGGUCUUCUGCGGAAAUGCGGGGUCAAGAGACUCGAGGGCAGGUGGACGUGCGAAAGUUACCUGCGCUGAAGCCCUCUUCGCAGCCAUCGAGAAGCAACACUGGGGAUAGCGUAGAACUGCCAGGCAUGGGUCAUUCCACUAGAGCAGGCAGGACCUCAACGAGCCUGGUCUUGAAUGGCUCAGCGUUGGGGACUCAGGCUCACCCCCGUUUCUUCGGUGGUCCAUCAGGAGCGAUAGAUGGCAACUUCGGCUUACGGACUUCUUCAGGUUCUAAUUGUGUCCAAGUGCCUUCCUCGCUCUUGCGGCCCGUAGAUGGCAACUUGCCCUUGGCAAAUGCUGAUGUGCGGACAUUGCUGCAACAGCUUCUGGUGUGGGGCCUCGACCUGAAUGGGGACUUGACGGACCCCGCUUGCCCAGAAGGCCAGCCAGCUCCUCUCCGCCCCCCCUUGCCGGCCCUCUCUGGGUCUCUUCUGCGCAGCAUUUCCGUGGCGGAGGACUUUGGAUCUCUUCAGAAAGUGUUUGUGGCAAUCCUAAGGAGACUACAGGUUCUGGAAGAGCACCAGACAACAGAACAACGCAUGCAACCUGGGCAGCAACAAGCAAGUGCUUCGCCUCGAGGCCCACGCGCCGUCCCUGCAGUUCCCCGGAGAUCUGACGGCUCCCGUCACCGAUACAACAGGGGCCGGCAAGCUCCCACUUCUUCGCAGAGCAAUGGUCUUCAGCGCCUCGUUGCAUGCGCCGAGGCUGCUGAGAGCGUUGGAGACCUCAUUAGUCUGCUUCUGCCUCUCGAUACAGCCGCCGCAAAGAUAGAGGGAUGCACUCGCCGGGGUUGGGUCGAUGGAGUACAGCGGCACAUGUGGCGCCAGAAAGUUGCCAGAGAUUCAGGUUAUCAAAUAGCCUUGGGAGGACCAGGAGGCCUUGUGUGGACGCCAGACAUGCAGCUGUUCGAGGAAGUCACGGGCAUGCAAGUGCAUGAGGUUCCUUCGCUGUUACUUCAGGAAGGAGUUUCUACUGGGAGCUUGGGCAUGUUGAUGGUGAGAUCUGUUCUAGACGCGGACGAUGUUAUCCUGCAAGCAGUCAUGCGCAUUUGGCCACCGAAGUUUGACAUCUGGCUUAGGCAGUUGCUCGACGUAUUUGACGGCCUGGAAGAGGGCAGAAGUGUGCCCCAACCAGAUAAGCACAUGCGCAUCGCAGCUCUCAUCUGGAAGGCAGACAAGGAUCGCGACAGCUUCUUAGCUUUAGACAGCAGUUGCGGCUCCCCAGGAAAGAAGCGGGAUUCUUUAGAAGAGAUCGAGCAGGCUGCCGCACUCAAAAAACAAGUUCUUGCCCUUAUCAGCGAAGCCUCGUGCGGUGUGACUCCCGCCUCAUCCGUCGAGGUGCUACUGCAGCAGGUCAUUGGCUUGAGAUUACGGCUACUGGAACAUUUAUGUUCCUGUGCCAGUGGCGCUGUGCCCAUCAUCGCACCGGUUUUCAACAUCCCCAAGCUACCUUUAGAUUACUAUGGAUUACUGACGGCUCAUUCUGGCGUGAGCUUCCUCCGAGGCACCAUUCCGACUCGUCUGGGGGACGGCAGCUUAGGGGUUACAGAGCUGCCAAAGCGACGGUCAUACAGCAGCAGCAAAAUGGUGUUGCAGGUGGGCCCAUCCGACUUGCCUAUAGAAAUGAGCGCCUACCUCUUCCUUCGUCCGCUACUGACAAAUCUGACAUCCAGCACUUUGUGGCGCAACAUCAUAGAAAAGCUAGGAUAUUCAGGCCGCGAGCAGCCCUCUUUGAAGCUGGACCGGGGCCAAGCAGCUACAGCGAAGGUCUUGGCGCACACUCUCUGGUACCAGGCCACUGUGCAGCUCCUUUCGGCAGCAGCAAGCCCGUGCAAACUUAGAGCUAGACCUGGAGAGAGACCUUUUCUGGUAGUUUUUCGAGGAGAAGGAGCAACAGAUUUUGGCGGCCCCUUUCAAGAGUUCCUUUCCGGAGUAGCUAAUGAGGUCAUGGGUCCCCUGGCGGAAUCUCCCGAUGAGCUUCUCCCCACCUUUCUUGCAUGCCUGCCGUCCUUUAACUCUACGCAUGCCAUUGGGCCCCAUCAGGACUCCGUAGUGCUCCGCCCUGAUCCAUCUGCACCGCUUCCAGACCCUUUGGUCUCCGUCUCAGACCUGCUACCACCAGCGCUACCCGAUACCUCUGGAGGAAAUAAUGGUUCGCCAAGUUGCGCGGAAGUCUCACCAGAUCCAGUCACGCAGGAACCAGCCCAGUCUGUGGGCUCGCAACCGGAUCGCAGCUCACAUGCUGAAUUCGGCGAGGAUCAGCAGAGUAUCCGCAGCAAUUUAAGUAAUGCUCAUUCCAGCCCCCCGCAAGGACGACUUCGCCGACAGUUGCACAUUGACAGCCUUUGGACAUCUGACACCAUUUUGGGUGCUCUUCCUUCCCCGGCGCGGCGUGUUCUUCCUCGAGGUCAUCGGGCUGAAGAUGGAGGGCUCCCGGAUAGAAUUCCUCAGGAGGAUCCAUUCCAAGCUGCGGUGUCUCGCCGUGAAGAAAUGCAAGCAGCGCCCACACCUUUGAACGCAAAUGGGACGCUUUCUAGGGUAGAGGAAGACACCGUAACUGAAGAAACCAUGUACAUUCUCAUGUACGAAGCUCUCGGCCGUCUUAUGGCCAUGUGCUUCUGCAUCGGGAGUGCAUUCAACGUUACAUUGAACCCUCUUCUGUGGAAGAAGCUGGUCGCCGCACCGCUGACUAUUGACGAUCUGGCUGACUCUGACUGCGUGGCCGUUGAAAUGAUCCGUUCGCUUCGGCGCAUGGCCGCGGUGCCGCCGCAGUACUGGGACUCCACAAUGGAGGCGUCGCUAUCAGACAUGACGUUUAGCACAGAAGAUACUCUAGGCAGGUCUUUUGAGCUGGUUGAAGGUGGAGCGAAUAUCCCUGUCGACGCAUUUAACCUGGUUACUUUCAUUCGCCUCUCAGAGCGGUUCCGCUUGCUUGAAGGGACGGAAGGUGUUGAAGCCAUUCUGCGAGGCAUUGCAGCAGUUUUGCCCCUAGGUCGACUGCGACUGCUUUUUGACUGGAGGCGACUGGAGCAUCGUGUGUGCGGGGACCGCAAGGUGGACGUUGCCAAGCUCAAAGAGCACACGGAGUGCUCAUCUGAAAGACUAAAAGGACAACUUUUUGAAAUACUCGAGUCAUUUGUGUGCGGUCGCUCGCGCCUACCAACCUCAAGCAAUGAAUGGCGCAUGACUGUGGACUACGAAAAUCCCGACCAGCGCCUCCCCGCCAUCAACGACAACCGGCUGCCAACUGCUGCCACCUGCAGCUUCCGCCUGGUCGUGCCGCUGUAUUCUUCAGUGAGUGUCAUGCGCGAACGCCUCCUCUAUGCUAUCAACAACUGCACUGCCAUUGACCUAGACGCUGUCGUAGUUCACGAACAAAUGCAGUUGAUGUAUGAUGACUAA